AUGUCUGAUUUGUUAAAAACACAUUUUCAGAUCUCCUCUCUGGAUCAAAUAGAGAUCUACUGCUCGAAGAUGGAGGAGCUGGAUUACUGUCAUCCUAAUGUGACUUGUAGUAUUGAGAAAUGUGCUCUUGAAGCUGUCCCCUCAUUGUGCCAGGUAUGAGUACUCCUCAAGUAGUCCAAAAGUCGAAACCUUUGAAACCUCAUAUCUCCGCUCACUUUUAAAUGAACAGGAAAAAUGUGUUUAAAGAUGUUUGCUGGGGCCUAAUGCUUACAGGAAUACUUUUGUUGGUAAUACAUACAGGUAACUGCCGAAAAUAAUGGAAACACUUGAGUAAAUGAGGUUUCUGGCGGUUCUGUUAUGGUGUGGGGUGCAUUUUCCUGCCAUGGUUUAGGUCCACUCAAAGGUAAACGGCAUUCUGAGUGAUCACCUUCAGCCUAUGGUGAAUCAUUUCGAUCCUGAUGGGAGUGGUCUCUUCCAGGAUGACAGUGCCCUCAUCCACAGGGCAUGUGGUCAAUGAAUAGUUUGAUAAGCAUGAAAACGAUGUUAAUCAUGUGUCACCAGAUCUUACCCCAAUUGAACACUAAUGGGAGAUUUUGGAGUGGGUCCUGAGACGGUGUUUUCCACCACCAUCAACAAAACACCAAAUAAUGGAAUUGUAUUAAUUGUUUUUAUUUUACCUUUAUUUAACUAGGCAAGUCAGUUAAGAACAAAUUCUUAUUUACAAUGACGGCCUACCCCGGGCCAAACCCUCCCCUAACCCGGACAACGCUGCGCCAAUUGUGCGCCACUCCAUGGGACUCCCGAUCACAUCCGGUUGUGAUACAGCCUGGGAUCGAACCCGGGUCUGUAGUGACGCCUCUAGCACUGCGAUGCCUCUCAGGAUCCCUCAGGAUUUCUAAUGGAAGACUGGUGUCGCAUCCCUCCAAUAGAGUUCCAGACACUUUUAGAAUCUAUACCAAGGUGCUUUGAAGUUGUUCUGGCGGCUCGUGGUGGCACAACGUCCUAUUAAGACACUUUAUGUUGGUGUUUCCUUUAUUUUGGCAGUUACAUAAAUACUAUCAUGAAUAAUGAUUCAAUGUAGGCAUAUGCACAUGCUGCAUUACCAAUGGAAAAUAAUCUUGAACUAAUGUAAUUUGAAUGAUUUUUUUUUCUGGUACAGAGCAAAUCAGAGGGACAGCUCUUUGAGAAGUUUCAGAUUAACAGGAAGUUUGGGAAACUCAUCUCAGCCUUAAUCCAGAAAACCUGGCCAAGCGACAGCCAUGGAAACAAGGAUGAGGCGGUCUUUCAACACCUCAUGACUUGGACUGCAGCCAAGAAUAUAUUUCAACUACAUGGUACUUACAUUAGCCUAGUAACCAUAAUGUAGCUCAGACACUUUGCCAAACACUUCAUCAUUUACUGUAUGACGUUCUUUGUAUGCCGUGUAGGUGCUGAUGAAAAGCUGAUUGAGCAGCUCUCUAAAGAGGCCAAGGUCAAAAUUACUGAAGCAAUCUCAUCCUUCAAAGUCAUCUGUAACCAGCUGAUCAGUGGAAGCAUCAAGAUCAAACUGCUCAACGACAUCUUAGGAAAGAAAGCGACUUUCACAGAGCUGAUGGCGAUAGGUAAUGGAAGGGUUGUGUGUUCUAUAUUUUUGAUAGCUUGUGAUUGGCUCUGUUUUUUCGUGAGGAAAUGGGAAAAGUCAUAAUGACAUUGAAUGAAAUGCUUGUUUGGAUCUCAAUGCAGAUUGUCUAUCUGUGAAUGAGAAAUGCAAGAACCGUGACUCCGUGGCGACGCUCCUCGAUUGGAGGUGUGAGGAGGCUAGAGCUGUCAACCAUGAGAAGGAGCUGGUGGAAAUCUUGCUCACCAUGAGCCGUAACCUAAAGGAACACAUCACAGGUGUGUGUGUGUGUGUGUGUGUGUGUGUGUGUGUGUGUGUGUGUGUGUGUGUGCAUUUGGGAGUAUCUGAUUGUAAUAACAAAAGUCAUUUUUGUUUUUAUGUUUUUAUCUUAUCCCAGUUCAUUUUGGGGACAUGGAAGAGAGACAACUGACCAACAUUGAGGACAUGACCUUGGACCAGUUCAUGGAGGUUCAUCCGUUUGACCAGCCCUCGUCUAGAAUGCAUGGUGUGGUUACAUACUUUGAUCUUGAUGGGAGCAUGCGACAGAUGGCAGAUGUUUGGCACCAUGUUUGGAGACAGCCACAUAUUCAAGAUGUUGUGGGAGAAACAGACCAAAGAUUUUGCUUCUGAAUUUGAUUCUUUGGUAACACCAAAGGAUGUAACCAAUGGCAUUUUUCAACCUUGCUACGCUAAAUACAAGAAGACCUACGAAGGCCUGAAGAAUGGCAGUCUCAAGCUUAAAUAUGUUGACACCCUCUUCAAUGACUACACGGGCAAAUAUAAAAAGCUGGCAAUGGAUUUGGACAUCAUGUGCAGACUUAACAAGUCAGAUAACAAACACUGGAUCCAGGGAAGGGUCCAGCAGAUUGAGCAGUACCAUGGGCUUCACUUGGCUGUGAAGUCUGCUCAAGUCAUUAUGAAGGUCAAGGAGACUCUAAAUCUUCAAGGCGACUUCAAGACCCUUCAGACACUACUAGACAUUGUAAGGGCUUAAAAUUCUGGAUUCAAAUUGUCACCAUUUUUGGUGAAAAUCUCCCAUUUUAGUUUUUUUGCACGAUUUACUCAAAACCCAUAGUGAAAUAGAUUGACUCAAAACGUGAAAUAAGGGAUAAUCAACGAGGGCUAGCUAGCUAACUAUUUAUCUAGGUUACAUUAAAUCUAUUUUAACAAUGCCAAUUACGUUUUUUUUUUUUUUUUUACUUUGGAAACAGCAGAUCAGAGGGAACACGUGGUAACGUUUGACUUUCAGUUUCACCUCUUGACAAUAUUGUAGCUGUCUAGACGGAGGUGAUUCAUGGCUCCUGGACCACAAACCAAAUGUGGCAAAAAAAAUGACAGAGCUUGUCAAAUGUAAACGAAUGCUAGCUAGCUAAAUUAAUCUGCCUCCUCUGUCCACGUUGGUCUUGCAUUUAAAAAUAUUUGGUUUGUGUAGAUGGCAAAGUCGUUUGUAGCUAACAUUGAUGCUAAUGAAUAUAAGUAAGGUGGGUUUUGUGAAUGGAUUUUGUACGUACAGUAUUUGGACACUUUUUUUUUUGUUGGAAUUUCUUCAUAGCCGUGGAAUAUAAUUUUUUUGCCGGGUGUUUAUUUGAAAAUAAUCGACACUGACCAAUCAUAAUAGAAUAUUCAGCCAAGUUGUGGAAAAUGCACAUAUCUCAAAUCAAGCUAGGAUUAAGUGUGUGUAAAGUUAGCCCGAAGUGACUCUUCUAAGUGACUUUUCAUCUAACAUUUUGCUGCAUUCACUUUAUUUAUUUAUUUCUUUUAGUUGUUUGUACACUACAACAUAAACCAGUGGUAACUGAACAACAAUGGAUCCAGGCACAUUCUCUGUUCUUCUGUUCUCAGAUUCGAGCAGAUGUUAACGAAGAGCACCUUGAUCAGAUUGACAAUGACCUGAUGCAGGCCAAGGCAGAUCUGGUGGACAUCACAGAACCUCGCAGACUGUGUCUCGUGGAACUUGGCCACUCAAAAGAUUUUGUCAUCUGGGUUAAAGAGGCCCUGAAAGGUAAAGAGGCUAAUGGCUAAACAUUUUUGUUACUCUAAUACAGGGUUUCCCAAACUCUGUCUUUGGGACCCCAAGGGGUGCACGUUUUGGUUUUAGCGCUACACUGCUGAUUCAAAUAAUCAACUAAUCAUCAAGCUUUGAUAAUUUGAAUCCGUGGGGUGUCGAGGACUGAGUUUAAGAAACACUGCUCUGAUACCGUAAUUUUCGGACUAUAAGCCACGCCUUUUUUCCAAUUUUUUCGACCCUGCGGCUUAUAUAACGGUGCGGCUAAUCUAUGGAUUAUUACAGCUAACGGCCACUAGAAGACCUCCUAAAUCUAUGGAUUUUACAGGUUACAGUCCACCAACUUUAACUCUAUGGGCUCUAUGACCGGUCCGCGCCCCCCACCUUUAAGCGGCGGGCUCCAGCAGGAAAAGCUGGAGGCCGGAAAAGAGUGAGACAGGUAGCGCGCAAAUAGUAAAAGUGGAACCGAGAGUGGUACGAGAGACAGAACGAGAGACAGAACGAGAGCAAGACAGACAGACAUUACGAGAGCGAGACAGUUUGUCUCUUUCCCGACAAUCCCCUCUGUGCACGAACCCUUACAUAUGGUCAUUAAACAUUAAAACACCUGCAGCUUAUAGUCCAGUGCGGCUUAUAUAUGUACACAUCAUUCAAUAUCAUUCAAUUUAGCUGCUGCGGCUUAUACUCCGGUGCGCCUUAUAGUGCGGGAAAAUACGGUACUUAGAAAAAUCUGUAAAAUAUAUCUGCAUUGAUUAUAUUUAUGUUACAGAUAUCAAUGAGCUGAAAGUCUUUGUUGACCUGGCCUCCAUCUCUGCUGGGGAGAAUGAUCUUGAUGUGGACCGUGUGGCCUGUUUCCACGAUGCCGUUCAUGGAUACUCCCCAUUGCUCUUCGAGCUGAAGCAAGAUUCUGGUUUUCAGACCGUUAAAGAGGGGAUGAAGAAACUCUGGAGAACAUUGGAUAAUGAUUGCAACCUCCCAAAGAAGCUGGUGAGAUGAACAUUUUAACAUAGAAAACUAUCAUUUUAAUAAUCCGUCAAUAGCAGCCAAUGUCCGACUCUUAAUUCUCUGUUUUGAAGCAUGACACAGCACGACACUUGGAGUGGUUGAAAACUGUGAAGGAUUUCCAUGGGUCUGUGGAGCUGUCCUCCAUCUCCUUAGCCACCGCCAUUAACAAAAAGGGCAUCUACACCAUCAGUGCACAGAACCAAAAGAAGGUAGACAAUAUUACCAUGCAAUAUACUGUAUGGACAACAUUUUCGUCAAAAAACUACAUAUCUGCUAUGUGAUUUAUGUUCUAUCUUAUCUUAAACAAUGUCCGUGAGAUGGAGGCACGUUUUUUUUACAUGGUGCAAUUACCAGGUGAAGUAUUCGCCACUACCUGCUAUCUGUAUAGGCAUUAUGUUGUACAUCUAGUCCUCCGAUAAGAUGAUAUGCACAAAUAAAAUGCCCACGGACCAAUGAGCAUAAAUGUGACUUUCCUGAAUCGGAAAAGGAAUGUCCAUUUUUAAGAAUGUUGUGGGAAUAUCUUUUAAGUAAUAUAGAUACAUUAUUCUGUGGACAUUCUGAAACAUCAAGGGAAUAUUCUGUGAAAUUUUAAAAUUAACAUUGUUUAAACAUCAUAAACAACUGGACAGAUUUUGUGUUUUAGGAACCGGUCUUACGUAAUGACCCACAGCCUAAUUAAUGUGCCCGCAACCUACUUACAUGUUUUGGAAAUGUUUAGAGAACACAAACAUUUCAGUGUUCAGUCAACAUUUUGUCAACAUACCCAAGUUGCAACAGUUUGCGAAAAGCAAUGAGAACAGUAAAAUGUAUCCCUGUGUGUUGCUGUUUCUUCAUCAAGUUGAGUCUUGAGACUGCCCUGAAGCUGCAAAUCUCCGAGGAGCAUGGAGAGGAGCAGGAGAUGCGCUCCUACUCACUGGAGGACCUUAGGGAUCUGCAAAACAAACUCAUGCUCAUGUCUGGUAAAGGGGACCAGUCUGAGGUGAACCAAUUUUCAGAGGUAGAUAUCAGUAUUUUAUAUGUUUCAGAUACUACUUGUAACGUUGUUCAACCAGAAGGAACAUUUUGGUAUUUUUGUUAUAAUUGAGCACUUCGUGUUGAUUUUCGUAGGUUUUCGCCAGUGUCCAGAGAUUGGCUGUGGCAUUCAUUGCCCUGUUUACAGCUGGGAACCCCCUGUUCCGAAACUGGGAAGCCAACAUCGACUGUAGUUCACUCAGUGAGGAGGCCGGCAUCACCGUGGACUUCCACCUGGGCAGUGUUGUCGGUGUGAUUACGGUGGAGGGCAACAUCGUGGAUCAGCUUCCUGAGCUGUGCAGGAAGAUGGAGAAGUGUCUGAAGUACUGGAAUGACUUUAUGGACAAACAGAGAUCCCACCAUUACUACCUGAACUACUACACCGCAGAGCAGAUAGUCUACCUGUGCAGUAAGCUGACUCAGCAAAAUGUGGCCAAUUUUGAAGACCAAGUUCUCAUGAUGCUCUCUUUUGUCAAACCCAACUGCACAGCCUCUGAUCUGAGGCAGUCCUGCCAUGCACUGCAAAGUGAGAUCCUCGCCAAACCAUCAGAGCGAAAUGAGGAAAUUGACUUUCAGACCUUUGUUGAAGUGUCGAGCAGCGGAGAGAGAGGUCCAGAUUUUAUGGAUCGCUUUACCGAUAACCUGCCAAGUCUCAUCAAACAAGAAAUUGGCUCAGGAAAAGUGAAUCUGAUUUGGAAUGCUUACAUGAGAGACAUGAAGAACUUUCUUCCAGACACUCUUGAUGUCAGAAGCUUUGGAAGAUUCUUAGAAAUAUUGGCCAACAAAGAGGAAAACAAAUUUUGCCCAAAAAUGUGGAGCAAAAAACCUAUUCAACGGGAUCUGUCCAAGGGCCUUGCUACGGGGACCCCAAACCUCAUUGUUUGCCCACACGAUGAGAUCCUGACAUCUUGCAUCUCCAUUUACAUGAGUAGCAAAUGUGAGCCAUUGCCUACGUAUGAUGAGGUCCUACUGUGUAACUCCUCCACACCUUAUGAGCAAGUGGAGCUGUUCGUCAGGCGCUGUCUCACCCCAGGCUACAGAGGACAGAAGAUCUACACCAUGCUUUACGGGGAUCAGCUGAGUUACGAAGUGAGCUCCAAAAUUGAGAGAUUUUUCAAGAGUAUCGAAAUGCAGAGCCGGAAAGACUACAGGCUUGUGAUCAUCUGCAGUUUGGAUCGAGAGCACGCCUACCUUCCCUCAGCCUUCAGCCAGUACAGGUUACACAUGGUGCCCCAGGAGCCACUGAUCAUGAUUCAGCGUUACCUGAACAGACACUAUACGGUCCCAGCGGAUCAGACCAGUGCUGCUGCUGUAUUCAAAGACCGACAGUUUGUUGGAGUUGUGUCGUCCGAAAGAGCUGGAGUUGGUCAGUAUAUUUUUGUAGACGUUUCCGCCUGUAAAUAGUGCAAUGUGUAGAUAAUGUCUGCAGAAGUAAAUAAUGUAUUGAAGCGACAUUAACCCGACAUCUAGCGACCUCAUCAAGAGGUUUGGACGGUGAAGGUGUUGGCUUGGCAGUUGCUGGACCCGGGUUGAAGUCUCGGUCGGGGCUACUCCCAGAAUUUGAUACAGGAAAACAUCAUUUGUCACUAAUUAGUAUUUUAAAAAAAUAUAUAUAUAUUAUAUGCAUAGCAGACUUACCAAAGCGACUUACAGUCAUGCGUGCAUAAUUUUAGUGUAUGGGUGGUCCCGGGGAUCGAACCCACUACCUUGGCGUUACAAGCGCUGUGCUCUACCAGUUGAGCUACAGAGGACCACAAUCAUUACAAACAAUCAUUUCACACACAUCCCUUUACAGAUGUUUGUUUAAGGGUUAUGAUAAAGUAAGGAAGUAGAGCCAAGUCAGAUACUUCUAAGCUGUUUUUCUUUAAAAAAACCACAAGGAAAUUGAAACUGUCGCUAAAAUGCUACAUGUAGCUCCUGAAAAUGUUUUUGAUUGACUAAUUUGUCUUUAUUUAAAAUGCCUAACACUUUCAGCUUGUUUGGUUCCUCUGACUAAUAACAUGAUGGUGACACUUUCAGGUAAAUCCCUUUAUAUCAAGAGGCUAUUUGAAAAACUGAAGGACAACUUCAUGAAGGCUGCACUGCUGAAAUGCAUUCGCUUGAUCAAGCCAACGGUUGAUGAAAAUGCCAUUCUUCAGUCUCUUCUCAACAGCCCUGAGAAGAAAGAGCUGACCAUCUUCCAUUUUGAUGUCACAUCUACGGUAAUUAUAUUUGGUGGUAUUGAUUUAAAGCUAGUUAGGUUUGCUGAUGUGGAAAAAUGAAAAAUUGUGCCACUGACAUUAUUGAUUAUUAUAACAUUAUUGAUUUAACAUUAUUUGAUCAAGUUUAUUGCAGACAAUGACCCUUAUCCUAGUUAUGGUCUUAUUUUGAAAAAGCAGUUUGCAUGCACCCUUAAAUUCAACAACCGCCAAUAUUCCUGUAUAAACGAUGAACAGAAUAUCCCUAAUAAACCCUGUAACCUAAGGCCACAACAAAUGAGUCACUGGUAGUGGUUCAACAGGCACCUGAGAAUUUGCGUUGUAGACUUUAGGGGGAAAAAAAUCCAGCGAUUUCCCACAGCAAUCAUUUUUGUGAAUUGCCUGCUAGCCUUUAGUUUUGAUCUAUGAUGUUUUCACAUUAAACACUUAUUUAAUACAAACAGUGAAUUGUAAAAUAUGUUGAACUACAACGAUUCUAACUUCCAGGACAGACGAAAGCUGAGCAACUGAUAGGUAGGGAGUUCUGACGACCCUCUGAACUCCUGUAGUGUGUACCUGAGCCGCAAGGCAAAACACACAAUUGACGGCUCAUGUCGUUCUCACAGUUACUGGUCCUAAUGGCCAUGGCUAGCGCUCUUGACAACAGCGCUCUUGACAACAGCGCUCUUGACAACAGCGCUCUUGACAACAGCGCUCUUGACAACAACGCUCUUGACAACAACGCUCGGUGUGAGGUAAUGGGUCCACUACCGAAACUGUGUAUUAUGAUAGGAGGAUUUGGUAAGAAUAAGCAUGACUCUCGCUCACACUUAAAAAUCUGGAUGCUUCAGAUAUCCGAUCCGAGUUUAAAAAAUCCUGACGUUUCGGACGUCCCAACCCAGCACUAUGAUCUUAGGACUUCACAACAAUCGUUAAAAUUUGUCAGCAAAAAAUAAUUGGGGUGAAAUCGUAGUGUAUACCCGGCAUAAAACAGCAGAAGUUCUCGAGAUGCUUGAAUCUACUUUUAACUUAAUUACAUUUUAGUAUUUUUUUUGUAAAUUCCUUUACUCUCAUUAUUAUUUUUUAUGCAAUGUUCAACAGGUACAGAAGGGUCUUGAUGAAUGUCUGUUUAAACUGCUGGUCCUGGGCUAUUUGAUGGAUUCUGAGGGAAGAAUGUGGAAAUGCAGCAACAAGCAGUUGUAUGUGAUUGAGAUUCUACAGUCUACUGUAAACCAGCUCAGAAAUGAACCAACAACGGUAUGCUUUUUUAAAAGACUAUCAAUGUUAAUGUGUUAUCAGAGACUGUCGUCAAUGUACGUGUCAUUUCUUGAUUUUCUUAAAUCACACGUCUCCCCUCUCUUUUUACAGAAAGCACCUGUCAACUUUACCUUCCUGGAUGUGUUCCCAAACAUCUUCUGCCGCCCACCCAACGAGAUUCUAGAACUGGGAAUGAGGAUGCAACAGGAUCCCUCCAUUACGAAGCCCGAAGACCCACUAAUGGAUGACCAAGAGUUCAAGAGUGACGCUUACCAACGACCAUACCAAUAUCUGACACGAUCCCAUAAUCACAUCAACUUGGACAGAUUUAUGUACGGUGGAGUUGAAGGGACCCAUGUGAAAUGUCUACAGUUGCUCCUUCUGUACUGUGGAAUUAAGGACCCCUCAUGGGCAGAGUUGAGGAAUUUUACAUGGUUCCUGAACCUUCAGCUGCGAGACUGUGAGACGUCCGUCUUCUGUGAUGCCUCUAUCACCGGGGACACUCUUCAGGGAUUCAAGAACUUUGUGGUGGACUUCAUGAUUCUGAUGGCCAAGGAUUUCGCCACUCCUUCACUCAGCAUCUCAGACCAGAGCCCUGGGAAGCGGCAGAUCGACCUAACUGGAAAACAAGAAGAAGACCUGGCACCGUUCCGGAUCAGAAAGAGAUGGGAGUCAGAACCACAUCCCUACAUCUUCUUCAAUGGCGACCACAUGUCAAUGACCUUCAUUGGCUUUCACCUUCAGCCCAAUAAAGAAAACUGGGUAGAUGCUGUUGAUCCAUCCACAGGGAGUGUGAUCAAGAGGAACAUCAUGACAAAAAAACUGUUUGACGGCCUGACUCUACAGAGAGUCCCUUUCAACAUUGAUUUUGAUGAACUGUCGAGACAGGAUAAAAUUGAAUACAUUUGCAAUGUUAUGGGAAUCCACCAGCAUCUUGAUCCUGAUGAAACAUAUGAGCUAACAACUGACAAUGUAUUGAAGAUGCUGGCAAUUAUCAUGCGGUUCAGGUGCAGCAUCCCUGUUGUAAUCAUGGGGGAGACAGGGUGUGGGAAAACGAGACUCAUCAACUUCCUCUGUGAACUACAGAAGAGAGCAGUGACCACUCAGAAUAUGAAGCUAGUCAAAGUGCAUGGAGGAACUAGCUCAGACAUGAUUUACACCAAUGUCAGAGAGGCAGAAGCCAUUGCUUAUAACAACAAACAACGCUAUGGCUUUGAUUCUGUUCUCUUCUUUGAUGAAGCCAACACAACAGACGCCCUCAGCAGUAUUAAGGAGGUCAUAUGUGAUCAUACUGUAGAAGGAGAACCUUUGCAAUCCCAAUGUGGCUUGCAAAUUAUUGCUGCAUGCAACCCUUACAGAAAGCACACAGAUGAGAUGAUUCACAGAUUGGAGUCAGCUGGCCUAGGAUACAGAGUCCGAGCUGAAGAGACAGACGAAAAGCUGGGGUCCAUCCCUCUCCGUCAGUUGGUGUACCGAGUCCAGGCCUUGCCCCCAAGCAUGAUCCCUCUGGUGUGGGACUUUGGACAGCUCAAUGAUCACACUGAAAAAAUGUACAUCAAGAAAAUUGUCAAGAGGGUGGUUCAGACCAACAUGAUCAAGAUGGCCUAUGCAAGGUGGAUCACCAAUGUCAUGUCUGCUUCCCAGAGGUACAUGCGGAAAAGGAAAGAUGAAUGUAGCUUUGUAAGUCUGAGGGAUGUGGAGCGUUGCAUGCAAGUUUUUGUCUGGUUUUACAAAAACCAUAAGAUGCUACUUGCUUGUCUGUGGGAGUUUGAGAGAAAUCAAAAUGCAGAGAGGUGUAAACGAAUCCAAAGAGAUCCAGUCUUGUGGUCUCUGGUGAUGGCGGUGGGAGUGUGUUACCACGCCUCAUUGGAAAACAAAGAAGAGUACAGACAAAAGAUCUGCAAGUAUCUCACUGAAACAUACACCCCAUUGAAAGUGAUGCAGGAAAUCUCACUCAUGCAGGAUCUUCUCCUGAGUGGAGUGCCGCUGGGGGAAACAAUUGCACGAAACAAUGCUCUGAAAGAGAACAUCUUCAUGAUUGUUAUCUGCAUUGAGCUAAGAAUCCCUCUCUUCUUGGUAGGGAAACCUGGGAGUUCUAAAUCUCUGUCUAAAACCUUGGUAGCAGAUGCCAUGCAGGGUCAAGCUGCGCACUCUGACCUCUACAAAAGACUGAAGCAGAUUCACCUGGUGUCCUUCCAGUGCAGCCCUCACUCCACGCCAGAGGGCAUCAUCAACACAUUCAAGCAAUGUGCACGUUUCCAGGAGGGAAAGAACUUGAAGGAGUACAUAUCAGUGGUGGUGCUGGAUGAAAUUGGAUUGGCUGAGGACUCUCCCAAAAUGCCCCUGAAAACCCUCCAUCCUCUGCUAGAAGAGGGAUGCAUUGAUGAUGAGCCUUUACCACACAAGAAGGUUGGAUUCAUUGGCAUUUCCAACUGGGCUUUGGACCCCGCGAAGAUGAACAGAGGGAUUUUUGUUUCACGCGGUGACCCUGACGAGAAGGAGCUGAUUGAGAGUGCAAAAGGCAUAUGCUCGUCUGACACAAUGAUUUUGGAGAAAGUCAGAGAUUUCUUUCAACCCUUUGCCAGGGCCUACCUAAACAUCAGCCCAGAAAAAGGCAAAGGUUUCUUUGGUUUGCGUGACUACUACAGCUUAAUCAAGAUGCUUUUUGCAGUUACCAAGGCCUCAGAGCAGAUCCCUAGUGCAGAGAAGAUUGUGGAGGCGGUACUAAGGAACUUCAGUGGAAGAGAUGAUGUGGACGCAGUCACGGUCUUCACCGAAACGCUUAAGAUCAAUCCAAAUCUGGAGAGGAUCAGUACCAUUGAGCUUGUGAGACAAAACAUCUCCGCUCAGGAGGAAGACUGCCGCUAUUUGCUGCUACUGACCAAAAACUAUGCAGCCUUACAGAUCCUGCAGCAGACCUUUUUCUCAGAGAGCUGCCAGCCUGAGAUUAUCUUUGGGUCCAGCUUCCCCAAGGACCAAGAGUACACCCAGAUCUGCCGCAACAUCAACCGAAUCAAGAUCUGCAUGGAAACCGGUCGAACCGUCGUGCUCCUGAACUUGCAGAACCUAUACGAAAGUCUCUACGAUGCUCUCAACCAAUACUACGUCUGCUUAGGAGGACAAAAGUAUGUUGACCUGGGACUGGGGACCCAUCGUGUCAAAUGCAGAGUGCACAAAGACUUCAGGCUCAUUGUCAUUGAGGAUAAAGAGGUGGUCUACAACCAGUUUCCGAUCCCUCUCAUCAACAGGCUUGAGAAGCAUUACCUGGACAUCUAUACUGUCCUUGGUAAAGAACAAAAGGAAAUUGUUGCAGACUUGGAGAGAUGGGUUGGGCAGUUUGUAGAUCUUCGACAAAGCUUAACUGCACCACAAACCUACAAGUACCAACCUCCUGAUGUUUUCAUUGGCUUCCAUGCGGACACGUGUGCCUCGGUGGUUCUUCAAGUGACAGAGAAACAGAGGGGAGACAUGGACAUCCCAGACCAACAAAGAAGAGUACUAGAUGAGGCCAAACUCAUCCUGGUGAACUGUGCCACUCCGGACUCUGUGGCUCGUCUGGACUGCACAGGGCUCUCUAAAGUGGAGAGUGAACAUCUGACCGGGUUCUACUAUGAAGAGAGGAAGCACAGCUCUUUGGCUGACUUUGUCUGUCACACACAACAGGUUGAGCAGAGCCCUUCCUGCUUCACGGAGGUAAUUAGUUGUAGUUGAAUUUGUACAGUACAUUUUACGUCUUAUUUAUCCACUCCUAAUUUUUAUCUUAACUUCCCCAGGUGACGACAUUUUCCAGACUGUUGACAGAAUCGGAUAUUGGACCGCUGAAGGAGGUGGUACACAAUGUAGAGCUUCUGUCACUGCAGCAGUUUGACACAGAGCUCUCUUUCCGCAAGAAGAUCAGGUUUAUUUAUUUUAAAUGUUUUAGCCUGUACAUCAUAUAUUUUGUCUGUCCCCCCCCCAGUUAUUUGGACAGAUUGAAAAAAUAUAUAUUUUUUUUAAUCUAGGGAAUUUCUGACGCCUGGAAAUGCAUCAAGCAAUAAACUACUCAUUAUUCAGUCAGAUUUGGAUGAAGCAUCCCACAAUGCAAGUGUCAUUGCGUCUGCAAAGUAAAGUGAAUCUAAUUUCAUAAAUAUCUGCUUACUAAAUGAAAACUAAGGUCAAUCUAAUUUCAUAAAUAUCUGUGACUAAAUGAGAUACUAUCUGAGAAACAUGUUUCAUUGUUUUCAGGUACUCUGCCAUAAAUGAAAUCAACAAAUCAGAACAAGAGGAGAUUGAAGGCAAGGUGUUGGUCUACUUCAUCACCAAACUGUUAAGGUCGGAGAGUGGGACUUCCUUUGUUGGAUUUCAUGGAGGUGAGAUACAAGUAUUUCGCUACACCCGCAAUAACAUCUGCUAAAUAUGUGUAUGUGACCAAUAACAUUUGAUUUGAUCUUCUACAUGCAGCUUUAAAGCCUGUUGACAUAACAUUUGCAAUUUAUAACAUGGAAUCGGAAAGUGUCAAUAAAAUUCUAUUGGUCAUUUUCUGCAAUAGGUCCCUGGAGGUCAGUUCAUAUUGAUGACCUCAGAAGAUCCAAAGAUAUUGUGUCAGAUAUCAGAGUCUUGCGAAACCUUGCCAUCUGUCAACUGUUUGAGGAAAGGCAGGCUCAGCCUCAAGGUAACAAAAGCUGUGUGUGAUUUUAUGUAAAUGCCUGGCUAUGAAAAGCCUACUGACAUUGAGUACGGUUACAUGCACACAAUAAUGCGAUUAUUGUGGAUAGUCAGAUUAAUAUAAUAGUUUUAAAACGUUUACAUGCUUUGCAAGAAUGAACGAUUCCCCUAAUAAUAUUGUCUACAUGAACACAUCUGAAAUCGGACAUAUAAAGUUUGUAUGUGAAAACUACUUCUAAGACUCAUACAUUCAGUUGUUCCGAAGGGAGGCUCUCGGCUGGUGCUAGCACAUGAGCAGAUCAAACACACCGCUGGAAAACCAAUGAAGACUGCUCAGAAAACCAGGUGUUUUAAAUCGGCAUAUGCUUACUUAGAUUUUGACCUUACACCAAUUAAGAUAAGGUGUUCACAUGACUGUUGCAUAAUCUGCCUACUGCCAUAAACAGUUUAAUAUGGAAUUAUUUGUGUGCAUGUAAACGUACUCAUUGACUCCUGAGGUGCUGACCUGUUGCAUCCUCUAUAGCAGGGUCAGGUAAUGGUUAUUAUCUGACCCUGCUGGUCAUCGCUGAACGUCUUGAAUGUGUUGAAUAAAGACAAGGCCUUUAUGGCCACAUGUACUCUUAAAUCUCCAUCCAGCACAGCCAGAAGAGGACUGGCCACCCCUCAGAACCUGGUUCCUCUCUAGGUUUUCUUACUAGGUUCCUGCCUUUCUAGGGAGUUUUUCCCUAGCCUCUGUGCUUCUGCAUCUGCAUUGGUUGUUCUUUAGGGUUUUAGGCUGGGUUUCCGUAAAGCACGUUGUGACGACUGCUCAUGGAAGAAGAGCAAAGUAGACAACGUAUAAUUACAUGAUGUACAUCCCAUGUCAGGAAGGACUAACUGAAAUCUGAACACUACCCCUAAAAAGUUUAUAUGUUGACCUACAAUUACACAAAUGUUCUAAUAUUGUGGGCAGGUUUGGAUGACAUGUAUUCUGGGACAGAUCAACUUGAAGACCAAACAGUGAGUAAUAUCCAAAUUCAUCUGCAAUUUGAUAGAUCAUGCAUUACAUGUCUUUGUUUUUUUUGUUUUUUUUUGGAGCACCUUCAUGUUCCUUGGGCUCUCUACCUUCUGCAGUGCUGGGAGGAUGUCCUGGACACUACGCUGCUUGUGCGUAGCUGCGUUCAGAGCGCGGUGGGCAUGCUCCGAGACCAGAUGGAUGGUGGGUUCCGCAACAUCAGGAGAGUUGAGAUCCUGCUGACUCUCCUGACUGACAACGACGAAAUAAGAGGAAGUAAGGUUGAGCGACAGUUAUUCCACAGUUGUAGUAAUGCAAUCCAUUCACAUGAAUCCAACUCUUUCUAUUCCAUAGUUGUAGUAAUGCAAUCCAUUCACAUGAAUCCAACUCUUUCUAUUCCAUAGUUGUAGUAAUGCAAUCCAUUCACAUGAAUCCAACUCUUUCUAUUCCAUAGUUGUAGUAAUGCAAUCCAUUCACAUGAAUCCAACUCUUUCUAUUCCAUAGUUGUAGUAAUGCAAUCCAUUCACAUGAAUCCAACUCUUUCUAUUCCACAGUUGUAGUAAUGCAAUCCAUUCACAUGAAUCCAACUCUUUCUAUUCCAUAGUUGUAGUAAUGCAAUCCAUUCACAUGAAUCCAACUCUUUCUAUUCCAUAGUUGUAGUAAUGCAAUCCAUUCACAUGAAUCCAACUCUUUCUAUUCCAUAGUUGUAGUAAUGCAAUCCAUUCACAUGAAUCCAACUCUUUCUAUUCCACAGUUGUAGUAAUGCAAUCCAUUCACAUGAAUCCAACUCUUUCUAUUCCAUAGUUGUAGUAAUGCAAUCCAUUCACAUGAAUCCAACUCUUUCUAUUCCAUAGUUGUAGUAAUGCAAUCCAUUCACAUGAAUCCAACUCUUUCUAUUCCAUAGUUGUAGUAAUGCAAUCCAUUCACAUGAAUCCAACUCUUUCUAUUCCACAGUUGUAGUAAUGCAAUCCAUUCACAUGAAUCCAACUCUUUCUAUUCCAUAGUUGUAGUAAUGCAAUCCAUUCACAUGAAUCCAACUCUUUCUAUUCCAUAGUUGUAGUAAUGCAAUCCAUUCACAUGAAUCCAACUCUUUCUAUUCCAUAGUUGUAGUAAUGCAAUCCAUUCACAUGAAUCCAACUCUUUCUAUUCCAUAGUUGUAGUAAUGCAAUCCAUUCACAUGAAUCCAACUCUUUCUAUUCCAUAGUUGUAGUAAUGCAAUCCAUUCACAUGAAUCCAACUCUUUCUAUUCCACAGUUGUAGUAAUGCAAUCCAUUCACAUGAAUCCAACUCUUUCUAUUCCAUAGUUGUAGUAAUGCAAUCCAUUCACAUGAAUCCAACUCUUUCUAUUCCAUAGUUGUAGUAAUGCAAUCCAUUCACAUGAAUCCAACUAUUUCUAUUCCAUAGUUGUAGUAAUGCAAUCCAUUCACAUGAAUCCAACUCUUUCUAUUCCACAGUUGUAGUAAUGCAAUCCAUUCACAUGAAUCCAACUCUUUCUAUUCCAUAGUUGUAGUAAUGCAAUCCAUUCACAUGAAUCCAACUCUUUCUAUUCCAUAGUUGUAGUAAUGCAAUCCAUUCACAUGAAUCCAACUCUUUCUAUUCCACAGUUGUAGUAAUGCAAUCCAUUCACAUGAAUCCAACUCUUUCUAUUCCAUAGUUGUAGUAAUGCAAUCCAUUCACAUGAAUCCAACUCUUUCUAUUCCAUAGUUGUAGUAAUGCAAUCCAUUCACAUGAAUCCAACUCUUUCUAUUCCAUAGUUGUAGUAAUGCAAUCCAUUCACAUGAAUCCAACUCUUUCUAUUCCAGUUGUAGUAAUGCAAUCCAUUCACAUGAAUCCAACUCUUUCUAUUCCAUAGUUGUAGUAAUGCAAUCCAUUCACAUGAAUCCAACUCUUUCUAUUCCAUAGUUGUAGUAAUGCAAUCCAUUCACAUGAAUCCAACUCUUUCUAUUCCAUAGUUGUAGUAUGCAAUCCAUUCACAUGAAUCCAACUCUUUCUAUUCCAUAGUUGUAGUAAUGCAAUCCAUUCACAUGAAUCCAACUCUUUCUAUUCCAUAGUUGUAGUAAUGCAAUCCAUUCACAUGAAUCCAACUCUUUCUAUUCCACAGUUGUAGUAAUGCAAUCCAUUCACAUGAAUCCAACUCUUUCUAUUCCAUAGUUGUAGUAAUGCAAUCCAUUCACAUGAAUCCAACUCUUUCUAUUCAUGUUUACGAACAGCUGAAUUUCUGAGAAUUCUAAAGAGACGUCUGCACUCCUUACUGGCAACCCGGGAAAAAAACACUACCUUAACAAAAAACUGGGUCAUUACUGAGGCUUCCAACAUUGAUGCUUUGCAUGAGGGGGGGACAUUUAGGUGAGUGAGCACUAUUCACCAGUGAAUUGAGAGACAAACCCCAUCCAUAUGCUUGUCGUGCUUGUGAAAGAUGUAUAAAUAUUAUCUCCCGAGUGGCGCAGUGGUCUAAGGCACUACAUCGCAGUGCUAACUGUGCCACUAGAGAUCCCGGUUCGAAUCCAGGCUCUGUCGCAGCCGGCCGCGACCGGGAGACCCAUGGGGCGGCGCGCAAUUGGCCCAGCGUCGUCCAGGGUAGGGGAGGGAAUGGCCGGCAGGGAUGUAGCUCAGUUGAUAGAGCAUGGCGUUUGCAACGCCAGGGUUGUGGGUUCGAUUCCCACAGGGGGGCCAGUAUAAAAAAAUAUGUAUUCACUAACUGUAAGUCGCUCUGGAUAAGAGCGUCUGCUAAAUGACUAAAAUGUAAAAUGUAUUUACUGGGGAAAACAAUUUUCUAGACUAGAAUAACACAAUGUAGCUGUUACUCAGUGGCCUACUAAGCUAGUUUUGUGCUUUAACAGACAAACCCUAUGGAAGCGAGUUCAGACGGUGGUCAUUCCACUUUUGGCACAGCUGGUCUCUGUCAUUGACCGUGAUGGUAAUCUAGACCUCCUGCUGGACACCAACUCUGGAGAGCCAAUCAAAAAAUUGUGGUUAGACAUCUUUGGGGAUGACAAACUACUUGAUGUCCCCUUUCCCUGUGCUAGUGUGGACAACAAGUAAGUCUUUCCCUGUGCUAGUGUGGACAACAAGUAAGUCUUUCCCUGUGCUAGUGUGGACAACAAGUAAGUCUUUCCCUGUGCUAGUGUGGACAACAAGUAAGUCUUUCCCUGUGCUAGUGUGGACAACAAGUAAGUCUUUCCCUGUGCUAGUGUGGACAACAAGUAAGUCUUUCCCUGUGCUAGUGUGGACAACAAGUAAGUCUUUCCCUGUGCUAGUGUGGACAACAAGUAAGUAUUUCCUGUGCUAGUGGGGACAACCAAGUAAGUCUUUCCCCGUGCUAGUGUGGACAACAAGUUAAGUCUUUCCCUGUGCUAGUGGGGACAACAAGUAAGUCUUUCCCUGUGCUAGUGUGGACAACAAGUAAGUCUUUCCCUGUGCUAGUGUGGACAACAAGUAAGUCUUUUCCCUGUGCUAGUGUGGACAACAAGUAAGUCUUUCCCUGUGCUAGUGUGGGACCAACAAGUAGUCUUUCCCUGUGCUAGUGUGGACAACAAGUAAGUCUUUCCGUGCUAGUGUGGACAACAAGUAAGUCUUUCCCCCUGGCUAGUGUGGACAACAAGUAAGUCUUUCCCUGUGCUAGUGUGGACAACAAGUAAGUCUUUAUUCCCUGGUGCUGUGCUAGUGUGGACAACAAGUAAGUCUUUCCCUGUGCUAGUGUGGACAACAAGUAAGUCUUUCCCUGUGCUAGUGUGGACAACAAGUAAGUCUUUCCCUGUGCUAGUGUGGACAACAAGUAAGUCUUUCCCUGUGCUAGUGUGGACAACAAGUAAGUCUUUCCCUGUGCUAGUGUGGACAACAAGUAAGUCUUUCCCUGUGCUAGUGUGGACAACAAGUAAGUCUUUCCCUGUGCUAGUGUGGACAACAAGUAAGUCUUUCCCUGUGCUAGUGUGGACAACAAGUAAGUGGCCUCAGUGAUAAGGACCAUUUAUUUGUCUUCUGUAUGGUCUUAUUCAGUGUGAAGAUUUUACAUUUUUAUUUACAUUUUCGAAAAACAAUGUGAAUUGGAAGACGUAUUAAUCACAUUAAUCAGUAUGUUCUUCGUCUCGGCACCCAGAACCAAAUCUUGUGUGAGUGUCUGUCUCUGCUCAGCUACUUAUAAAUGUUUAUUUAGCUCAUCCUACAUCCUCUAUACAGUAUAUUGGCUAUUUGUAUUCAUUUACUCACCAUGGCUGGUCUAUAACCUACAGUACCGGUCAAAAGUUUUAGAACACCUACUCAUUCAAGGGUUUUUCUUUAUUUUUUACUAUUUUCUACAUUGUAGAAUAAUAGUGAAGACAUCAAAACUAUGAAAUAACACAUGUGGAAUCAUGUAGUAACCAAAAAAGUGUUAAACAAAUCUAAAUAUGUUUUAUAUUUGAGAUUCUUCAAAGUAGUACCCUUUUCCUUGAUGACAGCUUUUCACACUCUUGGCAUUCUCUCAACCAGCUUCAUGAGGUAGUCACCUGGAAUGCAUUUCAAUUAACAGGUGUUCCUUGUACAUUUGUGGAAUUUCUUUCCUUCUUAAUGUGUUUGAGCCAAUCAGUUGUGUUGUGACAAGGUAGGGUUGGUGUACAGAAGAUAGCCCUAUUUGGUAAAAGACCAAGUCCAUAUUAUGGCAAGAACAGCUCAAAUAAGCAAAGAGAAACAACAGUCCAUCAUUACGUUAAGACAUGAAGGUCAGCAAUACGGAACAUUUCAAGAACUUUGAAAGUGCAGUCGCAAAAACCAUCAAGCGCUAUGAUGAAACUGGCUCUCGUGAUGACCGCCACAGGAAAGGAAGACCCAGAGUUACCUCUGCUGCAGAGGAUAAGUUCAUUAGUUACCAGCCUCAGAAAUUGCAGGCCAAAUAAAUGCUUCACAGAGUUCAAGUAACAGACACAUCUCAACAUCAACUGUUCAGAGGAGACUGCGUGAAUCAGGCCUUCAUGGUUGAAUUGCUGCAAAGAACCCACUACUAAAGGACACCAAUAAUAAGAAGAGACUUGCUUGGGCCAAGAAUCAGAAGCAAUGGACAUUAGACCGGUGGAAAUGUGUCCUUUGGUCUGGAGUCCAAAUUGGAGAUUUUUGGUUCCAACCGCCGUGUCUUUGUGAGACGCAGUGUAGAUGAACGGAUGAUCUCCGCAUGUGUAGUUCCCACCGUGAAGAAUGGAGGAGGAGGUGUGAUGAUGUGGGAGUGCUUUGCUGGUGACCUUGUUUGUGAUUUAUUUAGAAUUCAAGGCACACUUAACUAGCAUGGCUACCACAGCAUUCUGCAGCGAUACGCCAUCCCAUCUGGUUUGGGCUUAGUGGGACUAUCAUUUCUUUUUCAACAGGACAAUGACCCAACAUACCUCUAGGCUGUGUAAGGGCUAUUUGACCAAGAAGGAGAGUGAUGGAGUGCUGCAUCAGAUUACCUGGCCUCCACAAUCACCCGACCUCAACCUAAUUGAGAUGGUUUGGGAUAAGUUGGACCGCAGAUUGAAGGAAAAGCAGCCAACAAGUGCUCAGCAUAUGUGGGAACUCCUUCAAAACUAUUGGAAAAGCAUUCCAGGUGAAGCUGGUUGAGAGAAUGCCAGGAGUAUGCAAAGCUGUCAUCAAGGCAAAAGUUGGCUACUUUGAAGAAUGAAAUAUAAAUAUACAUUUGAUUUGUUUAACACUUUUUUUGGUUACUACAUGAUUCCAUAUGUGUUAUUUCAUAGUUUUGAUGUCUUCACUAUUAUUCUACAAUGUAGAAAAUAGUAAAAAAUAAAGAAAAACCCUUGAAUGAGUAGGUGUGUCCAAAGGUUUGACUGGUACUGUAAUUUUUAUAUUAUUUUUACCAGGUGUCCAGACACUUAAAAAUAAAAUAUCACUUGAUUUUGAGAAACUUACCCCACCAGCGAUAGACUUCCUCAGGCUUGUUUUGCAGUAUGGGGGCUAAAAGGCUCCUAAAACACCAAAAUAUGUCCUUUUAGAAACCGCAACACUCUCAGUAUAGUGAUGCAGGUCUUUUUAGAUGUUGUACACAUGAAAUUGUGUCAUUCCUAACUUUAUCCGAAACGUUAUAUUCCCAUUUUGUUGAACUCGAGCGAUAUGUUUUCCGUGUGCGAGCAUGCGCAUUCCUUCUCGUUCCCAUUGUGGUGAUAGUAAUGAGGAAAGUUUUGAAUUGGAAUUUGGUUUACUUUCUGAAUUGAAAUGGAAUUGAUCCCAACUCUGGAAUGCAUGACACAGUGCAUUAGCCUCUCUGCUUGUUCUAUUCCUGCUAAAACAGAUUCAGACUGGCACCAAGUCAGUACCCUAUUCUUAGGGUUGUUAAUAUCCAGAAAUAUUUAAGCGAUUCUAUGUUCCUGGAUUUGGAAAUCGAUUCCAAGAGGUACAAACACGUUCACACAAGUAUAAUAAUAUGUAUUUGUUAUUUAUAGCAAAAGCUAUUCACAUUUGGAUUGAAGAUAUACAAUUUCUACCUAAAGCAUAUGCCAUCAUCAAAAUUGCACAAAACCAACAAAAAAAUUAUUAUAAUAAUCACAAAACCUGAAAUUUGAUGGAAAGUACCAUUUUUAAAGUGGCAGGAAUGAAUUUCUUGAAAAAUUAUCGAUUCCUCGUGAAGGAGUCGAUUCUGAUUCCCACUACUGUUAGGAAUCGGGGAAUCGACUAUUUUUGGAAAUGACUCCCUGCCCUGCGUAUUAUUUAAUUCCAUUGUAAAUCACCCUCCCCUUGUCCCAGUUCUGCGUCUAAGACCAUCCUGGUCCAGAAUAACAUCCCAAUAGACAAGAAUAUCAGCUGUAUCAUGCCCUUCAGCUGGAAGAUCAAGGACUACCUGGAUGAACUUUGGAUUUAUGCUCUACAACAUGAAGGUAGUAGAUCAUAACAUAUCCGGGGGGGGGGGUCAUAGUGUAACCUAUGUAUUGCACUGUCACAGUUAUUUUGUUUCCCUAUCGUUUUGACAGGCCAAACUCAGAGGCAGUUUGAGGUGUUUUUCGGGAAGACUCCUCUGGGCCGCUACAUUGCAACGGCGGACAAGGAGAUGCAGACAGAGCUUUUCCACAGAUACCUGCAGGAUUUCAUUACCAUGACCAUGAAUGUGACUUGUGAAGAGGACAAACAGGUUUGAUUUUUUUUCUUUUUUUCACUUUCACCAUGAGUCAGCGUUUCCCCUAUGAUCUUUUUCAGCAGCGGGUGGCAAAGUUAGCGUAGAGGGAGGGGGUGAGGUUGUGGGGUGGGGUGGGGGACAUUUUACAGUUUUAAAGCUAGUUUCCUGAAAUUCUACAAAUGUUGUCAUUGUUUAUGCUGUGUUGGAGUGACCUAAAAGGUAUACCAAAGUGAAUGGGGGCCCCAUGCAAUGACAUAUACAGUGGGGGAAAAAAGUAUUUAGUCAGCCACCAAUUGUGCAAGUUCUCCCACUUAAAAAGAUGAGAGAGGCCUGUAAUUUUCAUCAUAGGUACACGUCAACUAUGACAGACAAAAUGAGGGAAAAAAAUCCAGAAAAUCACAUUGUAGGAUUUUUUAUGAAUUUAUUUGCAAAUUAUGGUGGAAAAUAAGUAUUUGGUCAAUAACAAAAGUUUCUCAAUACUUUGUUAUAUACCCUUUGUUGGCAAUGACACAGGUCAAACGUUUUCUGUAAGUCUUCACAAGGUUUUCACAAACUGUUGCUGGUAUUUUGGCCCAUUCCUCCAUGCAGAUCUCCUCUAGAGCAGUGAUGUUUUGGGGCUGUUGCUGGGCAAUACGGACUUUCAGCUCCCUCCAAAGAUUUUCUAUUGGGUUCAGGUCUGGAGACUGGCUAGACCACUCCAGGACCUUGAGAUGCUUCUUACGGAGCCACUCCUUAGUUGCCCUGGCUGUGUGUUUCGGGUCGUUGUCAUGCUGGAAGACCCAGCCACGACCCAUCUUCAAUGCUCUUACUGAGGGAAGGAGGUUGUUGGCCAAGAUCUCGCGAUACAUGGCCCCAUCCAUCCUCCCCUCAAUACGGUGCAGCUGUCCUGUCCCCUUUGCAGAAAAGCAUCCCCAAAGAAUGAUGUUUCCACCUCCCAUGCUUCACGGUUGGGAUGGUGUUCUUGGGGUUGUACUCAUCCUUCUUCUUCCUCCAAACACGGCGAGUGGAGUUUAGACCAAAAAGCUCUAUUUUUGUCUCAUCAGACUACAUGACCUUCUCCCAUUCCUCCUCUGGAUCAUCCAGAUGGUCAUUGGCAAACUUCAGACGGGCCUGGACAUGCGCUGGCUUGAGCAGGGGGACCUUGCGUGCGCUGCAGGAUUUUAAUCCAUGACGGCGUAGUGUGUUACUAAUGGUUUUCUUUGAGACUGUGGUCCCAGCUCUCUUCAGGUCAUUGACCAGGUCCUGCCGUGUAGUUCUGGGCUGAUCCCUCACCUUCCUCAUGAUCAUUGAUGCCCCACGAGGUGAGAUCUUGAUGCCCCAGACCGAGGUUGAUUGACCGUCAUCUUGAACUUCUUCCAUUUUCUAAUAAUUGCGCCAACAGUUGUUGCCUUCUCACCAAGCUGCUUGCCUAUUGUCCUGUAGCCCAUCCCAGCCUUUUGCAGGUCUACAAUUUUAACCCUGAUGUCCUUACACAGCUCUCUGGUCUUGGCCAUUGUGGAGAGGUUGGAGUCUGUUUGAUUGAGUGUGUGGACAGGUGUCUUUUAUACAGGUAACGAGUUCAAACAGGUGCAGUUAAUACAGGUAAUGAGUGGAGAACAGGAGGGCUUCUUAAAGAAAAACUAACAGGUCUGUGAGAGCCGGAAUUCUUACUGGUUGGUAGGUGAUCAAAUACUUAUGUCAUGCACUAAAAUGCAAAUUAAUUACUUAAAAAUCAUACAAUGUGAUUUUCUGGAUUUUUGUUUUAGAUUCCGUCUCUCACAGUUGAAGUGUACCUAUGAUAAAAAUUACAGACCUCUACAUGCUUUGUAAAUAGGAAAACCUGCAAAAUCGGCAGUGUAUCAAAUACUUGUUCUCCCCACUGUAUAUAUUUAUAAUUUUUUGGAGUGGAGGCCAUGAUUUAGCACUGAUGAUUAUUUUUCCAAAGUUCAUUCCAGGUUGUCAGUGGGAUGUGUAAUAUCUUGAGGUGUGUGUGUGUGUGUGUGUGUGUGUGUGUGUGUGUGUGUGUGUGUGUUGUGUGCGCGCGCAACAAUGUAGCUCCUUUGUGGCGCCUUGACCUGUUGUGUGAACGAGCUCCGACUACGUCAUGAUGCUGUUUGGACGGAGGUGACCUCUCUGCCCUGGGUCCAUGCUGCCUACAGCGAGUUUAAGAACCGCUUACAGAACUUCUCCAGAAUGAUCAGCAUCCCCCGAGUGGGCCAGGGCCUCCUGGAGAACACACAAACCAGAGAGGGGAUGGAGCUGGUGAGUAGUUGGGUGUAAAUCCUUGCGUAAAAAGAAAAAGGGCCCAAUUGAUAUAAAUGUACGGAAAAGUAAGAGAGAAAAAAAAGCCUGUCUCUUUGCAUAUGCAACUCUUAUUCUUCACGGUCAAUGUUUGCAUAAAGGACAUCAAUAGUUGCUCAAAUAAUGAACAUGAUGUUGUGAGUUUAUGCAAGUAUAUCUCAAGGGUGUUUUUUUUUUUUUUUUCAACACUAUCCUCUAUCCCUCACUGCUCCCCAGGUCCUCGAUGUGUACGCGGCAAUGGCCUGCGUGGAAUACCUGGAGCCCCAGGCUCUGGACACAGACGCCCAGCGGCUUGACUGGCUCAGGCAGGUCAAGAGGCUCCAGGUGCCCAUAGAGCUGGUCUGCUCUGAGGAGAGUCGUAGGCACUGUGGGGAGAGAAGCAAGUCCAUGGUCUGCAGAGUCCAGUGAGUUCAAUGGGAUUAGAAUAUAAUUAACGAUUGUCCAUCCGAAGAUGAAACAUUUGCCCUUAGAUAAAUGACACAAACAACACAUCAUAUCCAUUAUUACACAUUACAAACAGGAUUAACAGUGAGAAUGACACACUAGACCUACUAUACAUUUGAAAUACAAUUUGUAAGUCGCUCUGGAUAAGAGCGUCUGCUAAAUGACGUAAAUGUAAAUACAGUAUUUAUAUUAUAUUUAAAAUAUGUAUUAUAUUUAAUCCCAUAGGACAUUAUGCUGUACACAAACAUGUAAACCUACCUACCUAUUGCAUUUAUACUAUUGAUAUAAGUAACUGUUAACUACUGUUCCGUACAUGUAAAAAGUCACAUUACAGUACAUGUACAUUCAAUUCCUUAGUUGCUGCUACGACAUGAGUUGUUCUUUCAUGGUCCCUGUAGGAGCAGAUGGAACCGCAUCUUUGUCCUGUCUCUAUUUGUGGAGCACCUGUUGCUGGGUGUCGAGAAAGUGGACAAGAGGCUGAAGCCUUUGGUUUUAGCGUCCGUGCGACGGUUAUGUCACGUGAGAUUCAUCUUAUCUCCUCCUCUGUUAUAUUUCAUCUAAUGUAGUGAAGUUGUAUAACACAAAAAAUUGCAUUUUUCUACUCUUUAAUUAAUUAAAGGUACUGGAGAGGGAUGCAGACCUUAAAAUUAAGCAGGCGUUUGAGGAAGUGCUCAAUAUACUUAAGGCCUGCAGAGAAGAAGCAGUUGAAAACAGAUGGUGGGGACACUCAUGUUGAUUUAUUAAAUCAUUAAGGUUACAUUUCAGCUAGUCAAAUUCUGCUUGAUUUACCGUUGACAAUUCUAAAUUCAUUACCAUAACGCCAAUUAUCACGCUAUAUCCAUGCAAAUCACUGUGUGGUAGCGUCAAGAGAAGCUUGAAAGUCAAGAUUAAUCAAGCAAUCCGAUUACUUCCUGUAAAUCCUGUGAGUGCUGUGCAAGGUAGAUUUAGACAGAAGUCUAUGGGAGAGUGGAAUGUUCUUAUGUACAUCUUAGUAAUUCAAUUGAUUUUCAAGAUUCUCUGGCGCUAGCACACAUUGGCUAACACAGAUUUAGCUUGAUAAUGGGCGAGUGGCUAUUGCUGACAUCAAUAAGGUAAUUCAGAAUUGAAGUACCAGUUUAAAAAAUGAAAAAUGGCGCUCUUCACGACUUGGACUUUCGGUUUAUCCUGAACUGAAAUGGAAAUUGGGACAACCCUGUCUUUUUUUCAUUGUUUUAUUUUGCAGGAAUGCCAAGCAGUUCAAGAAGAAGUGCAGUGCUUUCUUUAUUGACCUAGUCUCUAUGGUGUGCUUCAAGGACAACUCUCCGCCCUGUACGACCAUCAUCCUCCACCUGUUGUCUUUCCUCACAGUGGAGGCUCAAUCUAGUCCUAUCAUCAGAGGUACCCUCGGAUUGUCCCGGGCAAAAACAACCCCUAAAUUCUAUAAAAAAAAUGUUUUAUUGCGGAUCUUGAAAGAACGGGAUAAGUGUAAACAGUAUCGCAAAAAUUCUACAAAUUUAAUCAGAUCUUCGAACCCAGAAAGGCUUUGUUUUUGGACAGGCCAUUGUGUCCCUUCAGUGUUUCUCGAAUCUGAUGUGUGUGUGUGUGUGUGUGUGUGUGUGUGUGUGUGUGUGUGUGUGUGUGUGUGUGUGUGUGUGUGUGUGUGUGUGUGUGUGUGUGUGUGUGUGUGUGUUUUGUUUCCGUCUUGGCCAGAACAUAGACAGAUUCAGAGGCACUCUCGCUUUGAUCAGUCUGUGGACAACAUCCAGUGGUUCAUUGGUUCGGUUUGGUUGUUAUUCAUCAAACUCCUCCUCCUGCUCUUCCACCUGCUGAACUUACUCAUGGUGGAGGCUCAGUCUGCCCUCAAUAUCACAGGUACCCUCCUGCUGUCUGACACCUUGUAUCAGCAUGAUAUAGGAAUGUGAGUUUGUGUUUUAUUUCUUACCACCAUUUUCUUGGCCAGGACCUUUUCGCAGACAAACCAAGGCAAUCUCUCCCUUUGGUGUUGAUGUGGACAGAAGUCCAAUGGUUUGGUCAGUAGUGCUCAAACUCCUGCUCAAGUACAGGUGAGUUACUAAGUACAGGUGAGUUAUUAAGUACAGGUGAGUUAUUAAGUACAGGUGAGUUAUUAAGUACAGGUGAAUUAUUAAGUACAGGUGAGUUAUUAAGUACAGGUGAAUUAUUAAGUACAGGUGAAUUAUUAAGUACAGGUGAGUUAUUAAGUACAGGUGAGUUAUUAAGUACAGGUGAGUUAUUAAGUACAGGUGAGUUAUUAAGUACAGGUGAAUUAUUAAGUACAGGUGAGUUAUUAAGUACAGGUGAGUUAUUAAGUACAGGUGAGUUACUAAGUACAGGUGAGUUACUAAGUACAGGUGAGUUACUAAGUACAGGUGAGUUAUUAAGUACAGGUGAGUUAUUAAGUACAGGUGAGUUAUUAAGUACAGGUGAGUUACUAAGUACAGGUGAGUUACAGGUGGUUGUCUACUCUUUUAUUUAAUGGGGUUAAGUUUAUCAAGAUACCCCAAAAUGUUUAUUGAAUAGUUUUUUGUGUGCUUGUCUUCAAGCUUUGAUGAUGUCAAAGGUCACCUGCAGCAGCAUCUGACAGAAGUUGAGCAGAGUGAUAUCUUGGAGGAAUCAAGAAAAACAGAACUUUAUUCCUUAUACAUAAACUGCAUGGAGGUAUGAACACAAUUUCACAUUAAAUUUGCAAUAGAAGUUGUUUUUAUUUAAAAAGGGUCAGUCUUAACUUCUACAUCAAAUCAUAUAACGAUGAAGUCACUUACAACUCAGGUGUUUCCUGAGUGGCGCAGUGGUCUAAGGCACUGCAUCGCAGUGCUAACUGUGCCACUAGAGAUCCUGGUUCAAAUCCAGGCUCCGUCGCAGCCGGCCGCGACCGGGAGACUCAUGGGCGGCGCACAAUUGGCCCAGCGUUGUCCAGGGUAGGGGAGGGAAUGGCCGGCAGGGAUGUAGUUCAGUUGAUAGAGCAUGGCGUUUGCAACGCCAGGGUUGUGGGUUCGAUUCCCACGGGGGGGCAGUAUAAAAAAAUAAAAUAAAAUAAAAAAUAAAAAACUGUAAGUCGCUCUGGAUAAGAGCGUCUGCUAAAUGACGUAAAUGUAAAUGUUACAAUAAUUGUUUUUUUAAUGAAAAUGUGCAAAAAAGAAACCACAAUAUAAUUUUUGGGCAAAAUCACAAUUUCUCAAGCAAUCACUUUGCCGAGAUGCUUGGGCAUAAUCAUUUAAUUUUGGCAUAAUACAAAUCAGCUAAUUAUGAACUGUGUUAUGCAAUUAGGAAGGUCAAUAAGACCAACUACAUCGCAAAUCUGGAGGAGCAAUACAGUACAUUGUUUAAAUCCGGUUAUAAAUAAAGAAUAAGAGAUGUAUUUUAUAUAGUGCUUUUCAUUACAAUCAGAACCUCAAAGUCGCUUUAGAAACAAAACUAAUUCAAAUCAAAUCAAAUGUUAUUUGUCACAUGCGCCGAAUACAACAGGUGUAGACCUUACCGUGAAAUGCUUACUUACAAGCCCUUAACCAACAAUGCAGUUCAAGAAAUAGAGUUAAGAAAAUAUUUACUAAAUAAACUAAAGUAAAAAAUUUAAUAAAAAGUAACACAAUAAAAUUACAUAACAAUAACGAGGCUAUAUACAGGGGGUACCGGUACCGAGUCAACGUGCGGGGGCACAGGUUAGUCCAGGUAAUAACGAGGCUAUAUACAGGGGGUACCGGUACCGAGUCAACGUGCGGGGGCACAGGUUAGUCCAGGUAAUAACGAGGCUAUAUACAGGGGGUACCGGUACCGAGUCAACGUGCGGGGGUACAGGUUAGUCCAGGUAAUAACGAGGCUAUAUACAGGGGGUACCGGUACCGAGUCAAUGUGCGGGGGCACAGGUUAGUCCAGGUAAUAACGAGGCUAUAUACAAGGGGUACCGGUACCGAGUCAAUGUGCGGGGGGUACAGGUUAGUCCAGGUAAUUUGUACAUGUAGGUAGGGGUAAAGUGACUAUGCAUAGAUAAUAAACAGCGAGUAGCAGCAGUGUAAAAACAAAAGGGGGGGGGGGGGGUCAAUGUAAAUGGUCUGGGUGGCCAUUUGAUUAAUUGUUCAGCAGUCGUAUGGCUUAGGGGUAGAAGCUGUUAAGGAGCCUUUUGGACCUAGACUUGGCGCUCCGAUACCGCUUGCCGUGCAGGUAGCAGAGAGAACAUUCUAUGACUUGGGUGACUGGAGUGUUUGACAAUUCUUUGGGCCUUCCUCUGACACCGCCUAGUAUAUAGGUCCUGGAUGGCAGGAAGCUUGGCCCCAGUGAUGUAUUGGGCCGUACGCACUACCCUCUGUAGUGCCUUGCGGUUGGAUGCCGAGCAGUUCCCAUACCAGUCUCCUGAGUGGGAAAAGGUGUUGUCGUGCCCUCUUCACGACUGUCUUGGUGUGUUUGGACCGUGAUAGUUUGUUGGUGAUGUGGACACCAAGGAACUUGAAACUCUCGACCUGCUCCACUAUAGUCCCGUUGAUGUUAAUGGGGGCCUGUUCAGCCCUCCUUUUCCUGUAGUCCACGAUCAUCUCCUUUGUCUUGCUCGCAUUGAGGGAGAGGUUGUUGUCUGUAGUGAUGUUAGGGCAUAGUAUUGUGAGGACCGAGGUAGUUGGUUUGGGGCCAUGAAGUCUACAUUCCUUAUGUCGAAGAAGAUUAGUGAUGUUUAUGGUAGUAUGAUUGAUGGACAGGAUAUAAUGACUUGGGGCAAAGGGUAAUAACAACAGAGAAAGGUAGUGCCUAUGAUGGUUGCCAGAUGUAUGUGAAAGGAAGGAUAACCAAGAGUAUAAAGGAGGUGAGAUUUGUGUGUGUGGGCAGUUCAACUGACAAAGGGCAGAGCUAUGUCCGUUUGUUAGAUGAACCCACAAGCUCGUGAUCCAAUAAAUACUUGGUAUAAAAUCUCCACAGAAUGUCUAAGUAAAUUCUUACAUCCUUGAUUACUUGAAUACCCGAGAAACUCAUCAUAACAUUGUCCUGGCACCACACUGCCAGGUCUCUGACCUCCUCCCUAUAGGCUGUCCAUCGUUGUCGGUGAUCAGGCCUACCACUGUUGUGUCGUCAGCAAACUUAAUGAUGGUGUUGGAGUCAUGCGUGGCCACGCAGUCGUGGGUGAACAGAGAGUACAGGAGGGGACUAAGCACACACCCCUGAGGGGCCCCCGUGUUGAGGAUCAGGGUGCCAGAUGUGUAGUUACCUACUCUUACCACCUGGGGGCGGCCCGUCAGGAAGUCCAGGAUCCAGUUGCAGAGGGAGGUGUUUAGUCCCAGGGCCCUUAGCUUAGUGAUGAGCUUUGUGGGCACUAUGGUGUUGAACGCUGAGCUGUAGUCAAUGAAUAGCAUUCUGACAUAGGUGUUCCUUUUGUCCAGGUGGGAAAGGGCAGUGUGGAGUGCGAUUGAGAUUGCAUCAUCUGUGGAUCUGUUGGGGCGGUAUGCAAUUUGGAGUGGGUCUAGGAUUUCCGGGAUGAUGGUAUUGAUGUGAGCCAUGACCAGCCUUUCAAAGCACUUCAUGGCAUACUAUGUGAGUGCUAAGGGGCGGUAGUUAUUUAGGCAGGCAACCUUCGCAUUCUUGUGCACAGGGACUAUGGUGGUCUGCUUGAAACAUGUAGGUGUUACAGACUCGGUCAGGGAGAGGUUGAAAAUGUCAGUGAAGACACUUGCCAGUUGGUCCGUGCAUGCUCUGAGUACACGCCCUGGUAAUCGGUCUGUAAAAAUGUUGACCUGUUUAAAGAUCUUACUCACAUCGGCUACGGAGAGCAUGAUCAUACAGUUGUCCGGAACAGCUGGUGCUCUCAUGCAUGCUUCAGUGUUGCUUGCCUCGAAGCGAGCAUAAAAGGCAUUUAGCUCGUCUGGUAGGCUUGCGUCACUGGGCAGCUCGCGGCUGGGCAGUCCGUAAUAGUUUGAAAGCCCUGCCACAUCCGACGAGUGUCAGAGCCGGUGUAGUAGGAUUCAAUCUUAGUCCUGUAUUGAAGCUUUGCCUGUUUGAUGGUUCGUCUGAAGGCAUAGCAGGAUUUCUUAUAAGCGUCCGGAUUAGUGUCCCUUGAAAUUAGUGCUCCUUGAAAGCAGCAGCUCUAGCGUUUAGCUCGGUGCGGAUGUUGCCUGUAAUCCAUGGCUUCUGGUUGGGAUAUGUACGUACGGUCACUGUGGGGACGACGUCUUCGAUGCACUUAUUGAUGAAGCCAGUGAUUGAGGUGGUAUACUCCUCAAUGCCAUUGGAUGAAUCACAUAACAUAUUCCAGUCUGUGCUAGCAAAACAGUCUGUGCUAGCAAAACAGUCCUUUAGCGUAGCAUCCGCGUCAUCUGACCAUUUCCGUAUUGAGCGAGUCACUGGUAUUUCCUGCUUUAGUUUUUGCUUGUAAGCAGGAAUCAGGAGGAUAGAAUUAUGGUCAGAUUUGCCAAAUGGAGGGCGAUGGAGAGCUUUGUAUGCGUCUUUGUGUGUGGAGUAAAGGUGAUCUAGAGUUUUUUUCCCCUCUGGUUGCACAUAUGACAUGCUGGUAGAAAUGAGGUAAAAUGGAUUUAAGUUUGCCUGCAUUAAAGUCCCCGGCCACUAGGAGCGCCACUCCUGGAUGAGCAUUUUCUUGUUUGCUUAUGGCCUUAUACAGCUCGUUGAGUGCGGUCUUAGUGCCAGCAUCGGUUUGUGGUGGUAAAUAGACGGCUACGAAUAAUAUAGAUGAGAACUCUUGGUAGAUAGUGUGGUCUAAUCAAAUCAAAUCACAUUUUAUAGGUCACAUACAUGUGUUUAGCAGAUGUUGUUGCGGGUGUAGCGAAAUGCUUGUGCUUCUAGCUCCGACAGUGCAGUAAUAUCUAACAAGUAAUAUCUAACAAUUUCACAGCAUAUACCCAAUACACACAAAUCUAAGUAAGAAAUGAAUUUAGAAUAUAUACAAUAAUGGACAAGCAAUGACAGAGCGGCAUGGAAUAAGAUACAGUAGAAUAUUCUAGAAUACAGUAUAUACAUAUGAGAUGAGUAAUGCAAGAUAUGUAAACAUUAUUAAAGUGGCUAGUGUUCCAUUUCUUAAAGUGGCCAGUGAUUUCUAGACUAUGUCUAUAGGCAGCAGCCUCUAAUGUGCUAGUGAUGGCUGUUUAACAGUCUGAUGGCCUUGAGAUAGAAGCUGUUUUUCAGUCUCUCGGUCCCAGCUUUGAUGCACCUGUACUGACCUCGCCUUCUGGAUGAUAGCAGGGUGAACAGGCAGUGGCUCGGGUGGUUGAUGUCCUUGAUUAUCUUUUUGGCCUUCCUGUGACGUCAGUUGCUGUAGGUGUCCUAGAGGGCGGGUAGUUUGCCCCCGGUAAUGCGUUGUGCAGACCGCACCACCCUCUGGAGAGCCCUGUGGUUGCGGGUGGUGCAGUUGCUGUACCAGGUAGUGAUACAGCCGGACAGGAUGCUCUCAAUUGUGCAUCUGUAAAAGUUUGUGAGGGUUUUAGGUGCCAAGCCAAAUUUCUUUAGCCUCCUGAGGUUGAAGAGGCUCUGUUGCGCCUUCUUCACCACACUGUCUGCGUGGGUGGACCAUUUCAGUUUGUCAGUGAUGUGUAUGCCAAGGAACUUGAAGCUUUCCACCUUCUCCACUGCGGUCCCAUCGAUGUGGAUAGGGGUGUGCACCAUCUGCUGUUUCAUGAAGUCCACAAUCAUCUCCUUUGUUUUGUUGACGUUGAGUGCGGGGUUAUUUUCCUGGCACCACACUCCCAGAGCCCUCACCUCCUCCCUGUAGGCUGUCUCGUCAUUGUCUACAGCUUAUCAUGAGGUACUCUACCUCAGGCGAGCAAUACCUCGAGACUUCUUUAAUAUUAGACAUCGUGCACCAGCUGUUAUUGACAAAUAGACACAUACCCCCGCCCCUCGUCUUACCAGACAUAGCUGCUCUGUCCUGCCGAUGCACGGAAAACCCAGCCAGCUCUAUAUUAUCCGUGUCGUUGUUCAGCCACGACUCGUGAAACAUAAGAUAUUACAGUUUUUAAUGUCCCGUUGGUAGGAUAGUCUCGACCGUAGAUCAUCCAGUUUAUUUUCCAGCGAUUGCAUGUUGGCCAAUAGAUCCGAUGGUUGUGGCGAUUUACUCACUCGCCUACGAAUCCUCACAAGGCACCCCGACCUUCGCCCUCUGUAUCUCCGUCUUUUCGUCACACGAACUACUGGGAUUUGGUCCUGGUCUCCAGGAAGCAGUAUGUCCUUCGCGUCAGACUCAUUGAAGAAAAAAUCUUUGUCCAGUGCGAGGUGAGUAAUCGCUGUUCUGAUGUCCAGAAGCUCCUUUGGGUCAUAAGAGACCGUAGCAGCAACUUUAUGUACAAAAUAAGUUACAAACAAUGCGAAAAAACUAACAAAAUAGCACUAUGUGAAGCAUUUAUUUGGGCUGCAAUCUGAGGUGCAGUUAACUCUAAUGAACUUGUCCUCUGCAGCAGAGGUAACUCUGUGUCUUCCAUUCCUGUGGCGAUCCUUAUGAGAGCCAGUUUCAUCAUAGCGCUUGAUGGUUUUUGCGACUGCACUUGAAGAAACGUUCAAAGUUCAAAUUUUCCACAUUGACUGACCUUCAUGUCUUAAGGUAAUGAUGGACUGUUGUUUCUCUUUGCUUAUUUGAGCUGUUCUUGCCAUAAAAUGGACUUGGUCUUUUACCAAAUAGGGCCAUCUUCUGUAUACCAACCCUACCUUGUCACAACACAACUGAUUGGCUCAAACGCAUUAAGAAAGAAAGAAAUUCCACAAAUUAACUUUUAACAAGGCACACCUGUUAAUUGAAAUGCAUUCCAGGUGACUACCUCAUGAAGCUGGUUGAGAGAAUGCCAAGAGUGUGCAAAGCUGUCAUCAAGGCAAAGGGUGGCUAUUUGAAGAAUCUCAAAUAUAAAAUAUAUUUUGAUUUGUUUAACACUUUUUUGGUUACUACAUGAUUCCAUAUGUGUUAUUUCAUAGUUUGAUUGUCUUCACUAUUAUUCUACAAUGUAGAAAAUAGUGAAAAUAAAGAAAAACCCUUGAAUGAGUAGGUGUGUCCAAACUGUUGACGGGUACUGUAAAUAGUAUAGUUUAAUCAGACAAUGUUUUGACCCCUAGCUGGGUCUUUGACAGGACAAACCAAGUACGUUUGCAGGAGUGUGUCCUGACAAAGAUCCAGUUUGGGGACGAAACGUUGUCCAGUUAAGCUAUACUUUAGGAGCAUGUACCAAUGUGCAGCUACAUCUUUUUGUUCUACAUUAUCCUCUCUAAUCCAGCACUUGGUACUAAAUUGUUUUUAUGGAUAUUCCCAUAGUACCACUCCACUAACCUCUGAUAAUCCAACCCAUUUGAACCAUGCUUUUUUUUCAGAUCGAUAGAUCACUAGCGACAUAGCAACGAAACACAUUUUCUAAACAGAAUUCAACAGAAAACACAGGGUUGACAGAACAUGAUCUUUAAGAAAGUGAAACAAGCAUGUGCUCAAUGGAGCAGAAAUGGACAGGAGAAUUAGUUAUUCUCGUGCCUUAAGUUGAAGCUCACCAAAUUGCAAUAUUCUUAAAAUAUGUUCCAGGUCGAUGCAUUUCACCAAACAACACACGUGGGGAAAAAAAGUAUUUAGUCAGCCACCAAUUGUGCAAGUUCUCCCACUUAAAAAGAUGAGAGAGGCCUGUAAUUUUCAUCAUAGGUACACGUCAACUAUGACAGACAAAAUGAGGGAAAAAAAUCCAGAAAAUCACAUUGUAGGAUUUUUAAUGAAUUUAUUUGCAAAUUAUGGUGGAAAAUAAGUAUUUGGUCAAUAACAAAAGUUUCUCAAUACUUUGUUAUAUACCCUUUGUUGGCAAUGACACAGGUCAAACGUUUUCUGUAAGUCUUCACAAGGUUUUCACACACUGUUGCUGGUAUUUUGGCCCAUUCCUCCAUGCAGAUCUCCUCUAGAGAAGUGAUGUUUUGGGGCUGUUGCUGGGCAACACAGACUUUCAACUCCCUCCAAAGAUUUUCUAUGGGGUUGAGAUCUGGAGACUGGCUAGGCCACUCCAGGACCUUGAAAUGCUUCUUACGAAGCCACUCCUUCGUUGCCCGGGCGGUGUGUUUGGGAUCAUUGUCAUGCUGAAAGACCCAGCCACGUUUCAUCUUCAAUGUCCUUGCUGAUGGAAGGAGGUUUUCACUCAAAAUCUCACGAUACAUGGCCCCAUUCAUUCUUUCCUUUACACGGAUCAGUCGUCCUGGUCCCUUUGCAGAAAAACUGCCCCAAAGCAUGAUGUUUCCACCCCCAUGCUUCACAGUAGGUAUGGUGUUAUUUGGAUGCAACUCAGCAUUCUUUGUCCUCCAAACACGACGAGUUGAGUUUUUACCAAAAAGUUAUAUAUUUUGGUUUCAUCUGACCAUAUGACAUUCUCCCAAUCCUCUUCUGGAUCAUCCAAAUGCACUCUAGCAAACUUCAGACGGGCCUGGACAUGUACUGGCUUAAGCAGGGGGACACGUCUGGCACCGCAGGAUUUGAGUCCCUGGCUGCGGUUACUGAUGGUAGGCUUUGUUACUUUGGUCCCAGCUCUCUGCAGGUCAUUCACUAGGUCCCCCCGUGUGGUUCUGGGAUUUUUGCUCACCGUUCUUGUGAUCAUUUUGACCCCACGGGGUGAGAUCUUGCGUGGAGCCCCAGAUCGAGGGAGAUUAUCAGUGGUCUUGUAUGUCUUCCAUUUCCUAAUAAUUGCUCCCACAGUUGAUUUCUUCAAACCAAGCUGCUUACCUAUUGCAGAUUCAGUCUUCCCAGCCUGGUGCAGGUCUACAAUUUUGUUUCUGGUGUCCUUUGACAGCUCUUUGGUCUUGGCCAUAGUGGAGUUUGGAGUGUGACUGUUUGAGGUUGUGGACAGGUGUCUUUUAUACUGAUAACAAGUUCAAACAGGUGCCAUUAAUACAGGUAACGAGUGGAGGACAGAGGAGCCUCUUAAAGAAGAAGUUACAGGUCUGUGAGAGCCAGAAAUCUUGCUUGUUUGUAGGUGACCAGAUACUUAUUUUCCACCAUAAUUUGCAAAUAAAUUCAUUAAAAAUCCUACAAUGUGAUUUUCUGGAGAAAAAAAAUUCUCAAUUUGUCUGUCAUAGUUGACGUGUACCUAUGAUGAAAAUUACAGGCCUCUCUCAUAUUUUUAAGUGGGAGAACUUGCACAAUUGGUGGCUGACUAAAUACUUUUUUCCCCACUGCAGUGCUAUAAAUUACUCAAUGUUUGCAUGCAAAUAAAAACCUGUUCAUUUUGAACUGAUAAUCAAGUUCAAGUUCUUAUUUUCCGAUACAAUACACAGCAAGAAACACAUUGGUAUUUAAGGCAAGUAGGCAACAACAUCAGCCCAGUUCAAAGCGUAACAUAUAAUGGAUUAUUAGGUCCUGUGUGGCUCAGUUGGUAGAGCCUGGCGCUUGCAAUGCCACAGGUCGUGGUUUUGAUUCCUGUUGGGGCCACCCAUUAAUAAAAACCAAUGCACAAAUGACUGGAAGUCCCUUUGGAUAAAAGCGUCUGUUAAAUUGCGUAUAUUAACCCGAAAAUACCCGUCAUUGCUCAGGUUCUUUUAGCUUUUAGCGCGAGGAAUAACGUCGCCCAUAGUGGCUUAAUCAUAAUAAUAAUAAUAAUCUUAAUCUUAAUAAUCAUAAUCUCACUUAUUUUACCGAUAUCGUCUGAUAUCAUCCCUGUUGUUCCCCCAGGACUCCAUGCAUGAGAAGAUGCAGUGUCGCACAACAGUGGAGCAGCAGGAAUGCCUACAGGAUGAGAGUGACUUCCUGCGUGACUUCCUGCGCUCAGGCGCUGCAUGUAGACAGAUGGCCACUGUACAGUGCUUCCAGCAGGUGGCCAGGUUACGCAUGUGUCUGGAUAUGGCCGUGAAUCUAUUGGUAGACAGACAUCGGAUGGUUGCCACAGGUACUUUAAUUCAAAUUGUUUUUCUCCAAAAGAAUACGUAACCAUCGCGAUUAAUAACAAAUGCUGUAUUUAGUAGUUUUUUUUUUUUUUGUAACCGGUUAACCCAAAAGUUCUUUAUUGUCUCCAGGCAUGGUAUACUGGUUUAAUGUAUGCUAGCUACAUACAUUACUGUCUAUAGUGUCAAUGACAUGGCCAGCAUUCUUUCAGACCCAGUCAUUUCUGCUGCCUAUGGUAUCUUUUUUUGUCUCAACCUGCACAAACGUGAACUUGUUUUAGGAUCUGUCCCUUGAUGAGCCCGUGUCUACGUGUCACUCAUAGAUAACGGGGGCGCACAGAUAAAGUCUAAGUUUAAAUUCCUAAGGUUUCCGUAGAUCUCCGAGAUGACCUGGUAAUUACCUAGUUAUUUCUAAAAUCCUUGGGAGUAUAGGGUUAUGCAGACUAAGUCAAAUAAUGUGUACACUGUAAGUGUAUGUAAUGCGAUCACAUACUCUACCCAAUCUGUUUUGAAAUUUCACGUGACAGAAGGUAUUAACAAUUGAAUCAUGAGAGGUUGGCUGGUGCUUGGUGAUGUAUACAAACAGUGAGGAUUUACAUCAUUGAUCUGGUUUAUAGAGUUUUCAUUCAGCCAUUGGGUAUCAUUGAUCUGGUUUAUAUAGAGUUUUUUUCAUUCAGCUAUUGGGUAUCAUUGAUCUGGUUUAUAGAGUUUUCAUUCAGCCAUUGGGUAUCAUUUACAUUAUAUUUUCAAGUAAGUUGCACUUUUCUCCCAUUAUGGUCCAACAGAGAAAGAAUUCAUGACCAGCGUGGAAGAACUGUGUAAGCGCAGUGGGAAUGACUGGUAUCGGGUCUACCUGAUCCGUAAGAUCUGCAACCAGCACGGAGUGGAGUGUGCCCAAAACUUCCUGACAGUGGCAGAUAUGCAGUGGCUGUUCCCAGAUGAGGUCCUACAGAAGGUACUGGUUAUAUUCAGGGGCGCCUACUACUAUGGCUGACCCUGUAAAACAACACAUUUCACUGCACCUAUCAUACUACUAUGGCUGACCCUGUAAAACAACACAUUUCACUGGACCUAUCAUACUACUAUGGCUGACCCUGUAAAACAACACAUUACACUGGAGCUAUCAUACUACUAUGGCUGACCCUGUAAAAGAACACAUUUCACUGGAGCUAUCAUACUACUAUGGCUGACCCUGUAAAAUAACACAUUUCACUGGAGCUAUCAUACUACUAUGGCUGACCCUGUAAAAUAACACAUUUCACUGGACCUAUCAUACUACUAUGGCUGACCCUGUAAAACAACACAUUUCACUGGACCUAUCAUACUACUAUGGCUGACCCUGUAAAAGAACACAUUUCACUGGACCUAUCAUACUACUAUGGCUGACCCUGUAAAAGAACACAUUUCACUGGACCUAUCAUACUACUAUGGCUGACCCUGUAAAAUAACACAUUUCACUGGACCUAUCAUACUACUAUGGCUGACCCUGUAAAAUAACACAUUUCACUGCACCUCUCCGGUGUAUGUGACAAUAUAAACGAUCUACCUAUAAGAAGAUAAACCUUGUAGGUAGCCCUCUGUUCAUCUGAUUAUAUAACACAUUGUUCAUGUGUAAUUAACUGAUUUGAAUUUCUAGAAAGCUUUUCCGAUUCUCUGUGCUUUAUGUCGUAUGGGGGGGGAACUCAGAUCAUCCACCCACAUUCAUUUCAUUGUCUUUCAGAAUCAAGAUGGGAGUCAGAUUGACCAGUAUCUUGUGUGUGGAGAGGGCUACAAGACUAUCCGAGAUGUGGUUGCCAAAGCAAUACUGGAGGGCAAAAUUAAGGAAAUAGAUCGUGCUUGUGAGGUAUUGAACGGCUCACAGAGAUAGCAAAUUGAAGUCAGUGAUUUUACUUGUCUGAAUAAUUGUUCUAUUCUGUUUACAAGCGUAAGCAUUAUUUAUUUGGUCCGGUAUGUGUGUAGGGUUCUAGGUGUCCAAAAAGUAAGAGGACAGUGUACCUGCUUUUGGCUCUGUUCAGAGAAGUCACCUGUCUCUAUAGAGCAGCCAAUCACAACCUCCGUCCGAACUCUGAGGUAAGAAGAGCCCAUGGAGCAAAGGUAAUCUCAUAUACGGCUUAUCUCUACAUACAGCAUCUUUGUUUAAUGUUCCGGUUUAUUUCCUAGUUUUGUCAAGCACUGGUGGAUUUCAUCCAGGCCUCAACGGUUCUUGCAAGCCCAAAUGUGAGGCAGUUCGCCCUGGACCUGGUGGCCAACCGACUGGGUCCCCUGACCGUCCAGGCUGGGGCCUCUGGUGCCCAGCGUGUGGUGGUGGAGCUGGCCAUCCACUUGUCUGCAGUGCUGCUCUGUGGGAACCAGGGCCUACUGACGCCCCUCCAGCAGCUGGUGCUGGUCCCUACCAACAUGCAGGUGGGCUCCCCUUCUGCUCUCUAUAGUCUGCAGUUCUUCACCAUAGAUCACUCAAUGAAAAAUAUUUAUUACUGUUAA